AUGCGUUUCCUGUUGAUCUUGAUGCUUCUGGUUGCGGUUUUCGGCUUAGCUUACGGGGAUGAAGAGAAAUUGCAAAGCCGUCGGAGCGGUUGCAUUUGGGACAGCGAUUGUGCGAAGACUGAAAGUUGCGUAAGGGCCACUUACGAUGGCACGGACGUCUGGACAAGGAUGUGCAAGGCGAGAGGCCGUAAACGCCGCGACACGGUUGCAUGCGCUGUUGACGACGAUUGUGACGACGCCGCGGCAAAAUGCAUAAAGUUUGCCAACGGCGACGGUGGUGAAUCGCCCCGAUGUGUGGUGGUCGUU